CACCCGGCUGCCGACAUGGGUCAGAAGCUCCCAGAAAUAUCUGAUUGUCGCCUUUUGAUCUUAGAUGCAGAAUGGGAAGCCAGCGUCCCAUGUUCCGUGGCCCCAGAAAAGCCAGUGUGUAGGCCUCAGCCACCCCAGGUCCGACGUACAUUCUCCCUGGACACCAUCCUCAGCUCCUACCUUCUGGGCCAGUGGCCACGAGAUGCUGAUGGGGCCUUCACCUGCUGUACCAAUGACAAGGCCACCCAGACCCCCCUGUCCUGGCAAGAGCUUGAAGGUGAGCGGACCAGCACCUGUACACACAAACGCUCAGCGUCCUGGGGCAGCACAGACCACCGCAAAGAGAUUACCAAGUUGAAGCAACAACUGCAGAGGACAAAGCUGAGCCGCAGUGGGAAAGAGAAGGAGCGGGGCUCCCCACUCCAAGGGGACCACGCUGUGCGGGGAGCACUGAGGGCAUCUCCUCCCAGCUUCCUCUCAGGGUCCCCCAUCCUACGACUCAGCCCCUGCCUGCACCGGAGCCUGGAAGGGCUCAACCAAGAGCUAGAGGAGGUGUUCGUGAAGGAGCAGGGUGAAGAAGAGCUGCUGCGGAUCCUUGACAUUCCUGAUGGGCACCGUGCCCCAGCUCCUCCCCAGAGUGGCAGCUGUGAUCACCCUUUCCUGCUCCUGGAGCCUGGCAACCUUGCCAGCUCUCCGUCCAUGCCCCUGGCAUCCCCCCAGCCUUCUGGCCAGACCAGCCGUGAGGAACACCGGGGUGCCGUUGAGGAGCUGGCAUCUGUCCCCAACGACAAAGCCUCCUCUCCAGGCCACCCAGCUUUCCUUGAAGAUGGCAGCCCAUCUCCAGUCCUCGCCUUUGCCUCCUCCCCUCGGCCCAAUCACACAGGUCCUGACCUGGCUUUCCUGACGUCCUGUCCUGACAAGAACAAAGUCCAUUUCAACCCAACCGGCUCGGCCUUCUGCCCCGUCAGCUUGAUGAAGCCCCUGUUCCCCAGCAUGGGCUUCAUCUUCCGUAACUGCCCCUCAAACCCGGGGUCCCCUCUGCCCCCCGCCAGCCCCAGGCCACCAUCUCGGAAGGAUCCAGAGGCCUCCAAGGCUUCCUCGCUGCCAUUCGAGCCCUGGCAGCGCACCCCACCAUCAGAAGAGCCCGUGCUUUUCCAGAGCUCCCUGGUGGUCUGAGGGCCCCACCCCUACCUACCACUUUAUCAUGGAGACCAGUGCCUUGGUGGCAGGCCCCUCCCUGGCUCCCCUGAGGUGGGAGAUGAAGGAGACCUUCCCUCUCGGCCUUCGAGCACUUUCAUUUAUUGUGUCAAAGCCCUGGGUCCUCUUUCUAAUGGACACCAGCCCCUCCGAAUGGGAGGGGACCUGCCUUCUCCACUAGCAGCUGGGGAGCUCACAAGUCACACCUGUGUUCUUGACACCUCUCACUUGAUGGAAAACCCACCUAGAAGGUCUUGGGUCCCCCACUCCUGGGAGUGAGCCCAAAAGACUGUAGUUGGGGCCCUUGUCCUUGUCAACAAGCUGGCCGCGAUUGGAGUAGGGGGGACACCACAGAUUUCCUUCCCUCUCCUCCACAGACACAGAAGUGGAGACCUGAAGAUAGAUACCCCCAUCCUCUCAGCCCCACCCCCAUGCCUCCCUCUCAUUGGAGGAGCUGACCAAAGCAGCCCUAAAGGGCCAUAACACUUGACUAAUCCAGCUGCUGGCAGAGGGGGGAACCUCGUGUUUUUCCAAGUGGCAUUUUCAUCUCGCUUUCACCCUGACAAAGAUUGUCUUAAGCAGCAGCCCAGCCUGCCCAGCCCCAGGUGGGUAGCGGGGCAGAGGGAGAGCUGGCAUUCCUCCAGGUGGCAAGUGGUGACACCACACCCUCCACCUGCCCCAGAACUGGGUUGGAUUAGAAAAAUGCCUAUUUUUCUUGUAUCGAUGUAGAAACUCUAUUUUCUCCCAAAGACACUAUUUUUGCAGCUGUUUGAAGUUUGUAUAUUUUCCGUACUGCAGAGCUUCACAAAAUUGAAGAAGAAUGUUAAUGUUCAAGUUUUCUUAUCCUGUGUUUAGAAAUUGUUUUUUGCAGAUCUUGGUGUUAAUAGACCAAAUAAAUAAAUAUUCCCAGCAGCUUGA